AGGAAACGAAAAUGAAGAAUGGCACAUGGCUGAAGAAGAACUCCCGGAACAGACACCACAGAUUCAUUUUCAGUACACGUGUGAUGCUGCUCAUUAUGAACAGAGCAAAAGAAACUAUGAAGUACCUCCAGGUGCGCCACCUGGGUUACCACAACAGCCUGAGUACAUUUCACAGGAACGAGGGUAUGAGUUUCAGAAUGAUCCUGCGACUGCUUCUUACCAACAAACCAAUACUGGUCCAGUGGCUUCCGACGUACAUGGUCAGUACCAACAUGGGAACAUACCUCCACAGUAUUACCAAGGACAAGCAGAUGCCCAGUCCGGUUUCCCUUCAGCAGGAAAUAUGUAUAGCUACCCAGAUGUGCAUUCAAACGUCCAGGGACCUCAGAACAUGGCACAUGCUGGAUAUGGACCAGAAAGGUUUCCUGGACCUCAUGGAACUCAUCACCCGGGUUAUCAAAUUCACAGGUUUCCUCAGAUGCAAAAUCCACUGUAUUGGUAUCAUCCCCAGACAAGACACCAACGACCAAUCAUUGACCCAAACACAAGAUACCCUGCACAACCACCCCCGCCCUAUCGGGCUCCUAAUCAAGCUGACUUGGAGUAUUAUCAGCAGUUCCAUGGUCAACCAUCUUCUAUGUUUCCUCCUCCUCAGCAACUACAUGAUCAACAACAGCAUCAAGGGCAUUACAGACAUCAACCUUUCCUACAACAACAGCAGCAGCAGCAGCAGCAUCAGUCGUUCACUACCCAACAACAUCCUAUGCCAUCUGUUCCUGCUGCUCAACAAGAGGGCUAUAUGAAUGAACAUCCAAAUUAUAAGAGGCAGAAAGAGCCUCUCCAGACCAUCCUUGUUGAAGGAAUUGAUCCAGAUUCCACUGACGAUAUCCUAGAGAUGUACUUCGAAAGCAGGAGGUCGGGAGGAGGGGAAAUACAAGGACAGAUUAAGAUGGACAAGGAGAAGAAGACAGCUUACAUCACUUAUGAGAGUGAAGAAGUUGCAAGGAGAGUAGCCGAGAAGAAGGAUCAUGUAUGCAACCGUCGCGUUCUGAAAGUGUCUCUGUACGAUCCUGAUGAGAGUCCUUCUGAGUUGGACACCAACACAAUCGCAGUAACAGGGUUCCCGCCAACAAUGACAGAAGACACUCUAGAGAUGUACUUUGAAAACAAACGUUCACGAGGAGGGAGUGUCAGUGGAGCAUGGUUUUCACCGAAUAAGGAUGUGUUUUACAUCAAAUUUAUGAAGGAUGGGGCUGCCCAGGAUGUUGAAGCAAAGAAGGAUCACAAGCUUGAAGGCUACCCUUUGACUGUAACACUCGAGAGGCCAAAGUCAAGACCAAACUGGUCUCCAAAGGCUGUCGCAAUCACAGGGUUUGGAGCAAAAUCUGAUGAUGACACGAUACAGAUGUACUUCGAAUCCAAGAAAAAAUCUGGCGGGGGAGAGAUUGAAAAGUACCACAGAGAAAAUGGUGUCAUAUACAUCACGUUCCAAGAGCAAGCAGUGGCAGAUCGAGUUUUGAACAAGAGUAGCCAUAGUGUUGGAGGUAUGACCUUGAUGGUAGUGAAAGCAGGGAUGGAGGAACUAGAUGGGCAAUCCGAUGCAGAUGAGGAAGACAAAGAGCCCGCGACCACGAUUGAGAUACGAGGCUACGACAAAAAGGCCACGGACGACUCAAUUGCAUUGUACUUUGAGAACAAACGCAAAUCAGGUGGAGGUCCUACAACUGAUCUGAAACGGAAUGACAAGAAAGGCGUUAUCUAUAUAACAUUUGAGACUGAAGAAGUUGCGAAGAGAGUAGUCACAAGAGAACACAAACCGUCUGGUAGACUGCUGCAGGUAAAGCUGGCCUCACCCCAAGUUAUGUACAAGGACAAAAUACUACUCAGGGGCGUACCGGUCAUGCACAGUUAUGAUGCACUGAUCCUUUACAUGGAGGGGAAGACACAUCUUGAUGUCCGGCAGCUUCUGUUUGGGGAAGAAGAUGGAGAUGUUUUGGUAACAUUCUCGGAAGAUUUCAAAGAUUUGGAGUUCCUGAAAAAUACAAUGAAGGAGAAACCUUUCAAACAAAGAGGAAAGGAAGUUGCCUUCAACAUCGAGACUGUCCCAGAGACAACCAGUAUAACAGUGUGGGACAUCCCAGAUCAGAUAACAGAGGAACAGCUGAAGCUAUACUUCGAGAACACCAGGCGAAGUGGUGGAGCUGAUGUAGAAGAUGUCACCAGGAACAGUCAAGACAGAUAUGCAGUCAUCAGGUUCCAGAAUGCAAAAGUUGCUGAGAGUGUGUCCAAACGAAAACACGAGUUGAUGAAUCUUCCAGUUGAAGUUAGCCUUUACUUCCAGUGUCUUGGAGAGUCUGGAGGCUUCUUGGAACCACCUUGUUCAAAACUGCCGGCCACAUUCACAGUUUCUGAUUUGGAUGAAUGGACAUUAAGACAUCUUGCGGAAAACAAUACAGCAAGUGUUUGUCUUAAAGAGAAAAUGGCGAAUGCCAAUACAGAUAUUGACUUGAAUCUGAUAGACAGGGUGGCAACCUUCACGCCCAAUUUUUCAUUGAAUACUCCAGAUGCAAGAUCUAUCUGUAAAAACUGGAGAGAAAAUGCAGAGGCUGAGUUUACAAAUGAACAGAAUUCAGUCAAAGUGGAGAAGAUUUCGGUCAGUAGUGAUAUAUGGACUCAAGUCAAAUCGAAAGUGACAGAAACACAAUUUCCACAGGAAAUACAGGUGUUUUCAGACAAGGAAAGAGUCAUUGUCAUUACAGGUCCUGAGGAAACGCUGUCCAACAUUGUCAGUGAAAUACAAGAGACUGUAGAUGGCAUACAAAAACAGUACGAUAGGAAGAAAAAUGAAAUUGAGGACAAACUGUCCACAAAGCCAGCAAAACUGAGGCUUUUACAAAUGCAAGGAAUGUUGGAAACUAUACAAACUGAAAACUUGCUUGUGGAAGUGGAUGACGAUAAAGGGGAAAUACGGUUCACUGGUCAAAAGGAGGAUGUUCAAUGUAGCAAAAUGAAAGCUUAUGAGGAAUUGAGUAAAAUACAGCAGCAGACAAACGUAAGUAGAUUUACUCCGAAACAAGUCGAACUUCUGCAUCAUAGGGCUGUAUCUGAGGUUCUCAUAAAAAACCUACAGGAUCAGCCUUCUCCUUUGAGUGGAUCUUGGGAACCAGGUAAAGAAGGGGUCAUAGUUUACUAUAUCACUGAAGAUAAGAUCGCAGAUGUUUUAAGGUACAUAGGGACCUCACUGAAAGAAAUCACAUUGCCACUUGAUCGCGAAAGUCAGAUGCUACUGUCAUCAGCUAUGUUCAAGGAAUGUGUGUCGGAACUUACUCGAGCACACGAGGAUAGAGUCAUCAUCACCCCAGAACCUGAGAAGCAUCAAAUAGUCAUAACCGCAGUCAGCAAACAUUGUGCGCCCGUAGAGUCUGUCCUGCAAAAGUUCUUUCAGGGAAACACCAUUUACACUGUGCCAUAUAAGAGUGAUGCAAUCCAACUAAAAUUUGUGAUGCUCCAUUGUGAGAAUGAACUUGACGCAAUAGAGAAACAACUGGAGCAGUUUUGUGUCAAUUUUGUAAGACGAAACAAAGGUCCUGAUUUUGCUUUGUCUUUGAAGUCCACAAAAGCUGGACAGCCACAUGCCAUCAAGCUAAUAGACUGCAUCACUAAAAGAAUAACAAAACACAUGCAGAAUAUGUCACGUCCAGGAAUGAAAGGCUACUUAGAAGGCGCAUCCUCUGUCUUGCAAAAGAUUGAACGCGAUUCCAGAUGCGUCAUCUCACUGAGGGAAGCCAACAAAGACAAUACUGAAGAUGUGAGUGAAGACGAAACAUCCAUGGUCCAUGAAGUUGCCUUCGUUUGUUAUCAUCCAAAUGAAGCGCAGCUGCAUGUUGCUGUGGGAGAUUUGGUUUCCUUGGUCCCAGACGUGGAUGCAGUUGUGGUGGAAGUCACUCCUGGACUAAGCAGUGAUUCAGAGCAAGGUUGGGAAGUGAUCAGUAGAGCUGGAGAUGCAGCUGUUUCAGAGAUCCGACGGCUGCCAGGUCAGAUGACGGAAGGGGAUGUCGUCAACAGUUCAGCAGGCGCUCUCAGCUGCAGAAUGAUUAUCUAUGGCGUUGGACCAACGGGUGACAACGACCCUGAGUACGUCAUCAAGACUGUUGUCUGCGAAAGUUUGGAAACUGCUGCCAAGAAGAGCAUGAGAUCUGUGGCAUUUCCUGCUUUCAAUACCCGAACCGUAUCACUGUAUCUUAGUUCUGACGACGCCUUGCAGGCUGUGGUUGAAGCUGUGCACGAAUUCUUCUGUGACAACCGAGACAGUAGCGUGAAGCAUGUUUUCCUUUGUACUGAAGACUGGCCACAGUGUACGCCAUUGUGGGACAUUGCAAUGGAUGUCUUUGGUGAGGGAAAUGUGAAGGGCAAUGAUGGGGGCUUAAAUACAAGAGAUUCCCUCCAUGGGGGACAACGUCGAGGAAUGGGUCACAGAAAGUUAAAUGCAAGUCGCUAUGAAAGUGAUACAGUCCAGGAGGAUGACUUUGGAGAAGCAUCCGGUGGUCUAGAGGAAGACCCUCCCCCCACUUCCAACAGACUUAAACCCAGGAUUCUACUUGUGAAAGCUGACAUGGGAGUAGAGGAGGCUGAUGUGAUCGUCAACUCCAGCAACACUCAUCUCGAUCUCAGUCAAGGUCAAGUGUCUAAGUCACUGUUGAAGCAUGCUGGCAAGGCAAUCCAGAUCGAAUGCAAGAAGAAGUACCCACAAGGUGUCCCCAUGGGAGGUAUCGCUGUCACAAAAGGAGGCGAUAUGCAAUGUGUGGAACAAAUUUACCACUGUGUUCUACCACAAUGGAAGGCCAUAACGGGCCAAAAGACCUUCACGGACACGCUCAAUGCCCUCCUCACGAAGACUCAUCAGUCAAGCUGGAAGACAAUGGCCAUCCCUGCGUUAGGAACAGGUAACCUCGGAUACUCCAGAGACCUUGUUGCUAAGCUGAUGUAUGACACUGUAGUCCAGUUCGGGAAGGACAACCCAGAGACGACCAUCAAUGAUGUGCUAUUUAUUGUCUACCCCGGAGACGAGAGGACAAUUCAGGCAUUUGAAGCUGAACAUAGGAAAUACAUUGAGCUUAUUGGAGGAACACUACCUUCGUCCCAGAAAGAAAUUGAUGCAGAGAGGGACGAGGAACUGGAAGCCUACAGGGAUAAACUAAAGUCAGACAAAGCAAAGCGAGAUGAAAGUGCUACAAUGUCGAUUGCCAGAGCAGUUAAGGCAGUUGGCAACUUGUUCAGCAGUAAGGAACGGAAGCGUGAUGCACCUGUUCAGGCCCCUCGACCUGAUCCUCCCGUUCGAAAAGAACCUCCUGCAGCCCGGGCUGUUCCUAACCCAUCAGACGUUAAGAUAUGGAUUUACACCGACGUUGACGCCAAUGUGAAUAAAGCUGUUGACAUGAUUUACAAAGACUGGGACAGCAAAGCAGACACAUUACUUAUACAGGAGAAGUCUGUUCAAGUGUGGUCCCCAGAUGAGAUCAAUGAUCUCAAAAAGAUUGAACAAGACUGUGGAGUUACUAUCACUGUAAACAGAGCCUUAGGACGUAUCUCUCUGCACGGCCUAAAGAACAAUCUCCCUGAUGCAAGUCAAAAGGUUCACGAGAUGAUUCGAGCGUUGGACAAGAAGCGCCAAGACGAGGAAUACGCCGACGAUCUACAAAGAGUUGUUGAAUGGUCAUAUGUAGAGCUAACAGAAGAAGGCGAUGAGAGAGUUGUUGCAUAUGAUAAGAAAGUUAAUGCAAUGCUGGAGAAAGCUUACACACAUAAAAAAAAGGACAAAUUGGAGUACGAGGGAUAUACCUUUGAUUUCACCGGAUGGGUAGAGUAUCCUUCAGAAGAUCCGACUGACACAGUGAGAAUGAUUCGUCGAGAUAAAGUUGCAGGAGCGUCCGCCAACUUGCCAAGCACAUGGGAUGGCAUGACUCCUACAGAAGAUGUCAAGAUUCGACAGGUACCAAAUGGAAACCUAGAAUUCAACAGGGUACAGCAGACGUUUACAGGAGCUUUGGGAAAUCUGCCUGCACAGAUACGAAGGAUCGACAGAGUUCAAAGCAAGACCCUCUACCAACAGUACCAAGCCAAAAAACAACAGAUGGAGACGCAGAACCCUGGCGCACAAGUAGAAAGGACGUUGUGGCAUGGGACUCCACGAGAGGCGACCAUGAGCAUCAUGACGUAUGGCUUCAACAGGAGCUACUGCGACAAAGAAAAUAAUGCCCUAGGAGAAGGAGCGUACUUUACCUCUGACGCCGCCUAUGCUGCGAGGGACCGAUAUGCACCGACAGAUGGUCAGGGCAACCGAUACAUUUUCCUCUGUAAAGUUCUCACAGGAUCAUACACCCAGGGACAAACUCAGAUACGAACACCACCACAAAAGAACCCUGGCCAGCCAGAACUGUAUGACAGCGUUGUAGACGAUCCUGCAGAUCCAAAGAUAUUUGUCAUUUUCAGAGAUACGCAGGCAUAUCCUGAGUAUCUUAUUUCAUUCCAGUAACAGUUUUGAAAGUGACUUUGGGAACUGAUUAGACAUGAUGGUGGACAGUUAUUAAGCAGAGAACACUAUUACUAGUAUUUGUAUAAGAGCUCCUCUCUGCAACUAGCGCCUGUGAAUAAUUCAAUGAAUGAUUCAGCUUGCAGUCCUUCUUCUAUAUGUUACCGCAGUAAGUGUACAUAUAUAUGUAUAUAAAGCAAUGGUAACACAUGACCGAGCUAUUUAGAUAGUGGGGUAAGACAAGGUUGCUCUCUUAUUCCUGUACUCUUGUCGUUGUGUAUGCACGAAUUAGUUGGAAAGUAAAUUCCAGCAUUGAGUGUCUAUUUUAGGGGAAAUGUUGAAUACAAUUGCUCUGUUGUUUGUUGACAAUUUUAUACAAAGAUGUAUGAUGAAUUACAUUUAAACUCUUGUAACCUGUCAAGAAUAUUGAUACUGAGAACAGUUAUGUGUUUAUAAUGGGAGAAAAUACAAAGAAAUAGUUCUCUAAAGGUGAGCACAUGAAAGCAGUUAAUGCCUGUAAAAUUGGGACUUUCUUCACCCCCUCAGUAAUUUGUACGGUAAUCUGUGAAACUUCAUUUGAGUGAGUAAACAGACGUUAUGAUGUUUCGGUUAAGGAAGUAGUCUUAUAUAUUUAUGUAAAGUAUUAUUCUGAUGUGUAUAAAAUUAAAUAAUAUAACUGUAUUUUCUUUUCAUUUCAAAUUUUGUAUUUUGUUUACUAUACAGAAGCAAAAUGACUAUAGAAGUGUAUUAGUGCCACAGUCCAAAACACCACCCUUCGUCUACGUAGCUUAGAUCUAGGUAAACCUUGAUACUUAGAUCUAGGUAAAUGACGCUUAGAUCUUCGAAGGUCACAUUUUUUUGGGCUAUGAUCCUAUUACGCUUCCAUAGCCAUAGAACUACAAUCUGUGAAUAUGGCAAUUGUCCUCUUUAUAAUAUUUCCCAUGUCAAAUGCUUGUGAUAACACAACUUGUACAAAUUGAGAAAUAUUUAUCAAAUUUUGAGCAUUGUAGAUAUAGAACGUUAAUUACUAGAUGUAGAUGUGGACAAAUUACUCUUGAUAUUCAGCUUGUUUGUAUCAGUGCUAAUAUUUAGUAUUGUCAUAGCAUCUAAUUAAGAACAGCCAUCCUCCAAA